CUUCUCCCCUUUCCUCUCGCUCGCUUUCAUCCCGCUGGCUGGCUGGCUCAGUGAGUCGCUUAUCUAAGUUCUCGUUCGUUUUCUCUGUUCCAAUUUUUUUAGGUCUCAUUAAGGCUUAAGCGCUUGUCUGGAUCGGCGGCUCAGAUCCGGCUAACUCGGAUCCAGAGCUCAUCUCUCUUUCUCAUCAGCUCCCUUUUUCUUCGCCUUCCCAAAAUUUUCCCUCCCUCUCUGUUUUCCCUCUCUUUCUCUGCUUCUUCUUCACUUGUCUGUAAAUGCUGAAGGAGCUUGAAGAAAGCAGAGACAGUCCCCCGACUCGAAGAUCAUUUUUAUUGUAUCCCCACUAGAUUUUCGAUUCUGGGCUUGUACAAAUUUGGGUUCUUUUCGAGUCUGGCUUCUCAGAACUCUGUGGGGGUAAGACUCAGGAUCGAAGGGGGACGAUUGGGAGUGUACUUUUAACUUUUAAGCCUUCAUUUCUCUUGAACUUCUGGAGACAGGAAAUGCUGUGACUGAGAAAGGCUGCUUUUGCUUGCUUGCUGCUAACCUCACAUGGACUGGAAUGCUAGUAACGCUUUCAAAACUUACAAAGAAAUGGAACCAAAAUCCGUGAUGGAUAUGUCACUCAUUCAACAAGUUGAUCCAGCCGACAUUGCCCUAGGCUCUUCGGAAAGGGGAAACAACUCUAUAGUCCACACAAAGCGAAAGAAGACAAUGACAUCAGUUUUCCUCAAGUACUUCGAAACUGCUUUAGAUGGCAAGAGUAGAAAGUGCAAGUUCUGUGGACAAAGCUAUUCCAUUGCCACCGCCACAGGCAAUUUGGGAAGGCACCUCAGCAACCGCCACCCGGGCUACGACAAACCCGCCGCUGUAGUAGACUCGGUCUAUGCCGCAUCAGCGCCACCACAUCAGCAACCACAACCCAUCACUGUAAUCAAGAAGGCACAACCUGAAACCAAAGCACAAAUCGACAUUGACCAUCUCAAUUGGCUGCUCAUCAAAUGGGUAGUCGUGGCUUCACUUCCACCUUCAACCAUGGAUGAAAAAUGGCUGACUAACUCAUUCAAAUUUCUUAACCCAUCGGUGGAACUCUGGAACGCAGAGAAGCACAAGGCAGUGCUCCAAGAUGUCUUCAGAAGCAUGCAGGAAGAUGUGAGGGCCUCUCUGGACCAGGUUUCUUCUAAGUUCUCGGUAAGCCUCGACUUUUGGAAUUCGUACGAACAA